AUGACAUACAUACCAAUUCUCAUCUCACUGGUGCUGGCCAGCGCCUCCCUCCAUGCGAAAUCACAGAUCCCCGCCGCGAUCAGCUGCGCAAGUAAAUAUGGCAUUCCUGUCCAAGCCAAGUCGGGAGGGCAUUCCUACGCAUCAUAUAGCACCGGCGGCCACAACGGGAUCUUGAUGAUCGAUCUCGAGAACUUUAACUCCGUCUCGCUAGAUAACAGAACUGGGAUAGCUGCUGUUGGGGGAGGUGUGAGGUUGGGGAACCUGGCGCAGGGUAUAUGGGACCAAGGACGUCGAGCCUUGGGGCACGGCACUUGUCCUGGUGUAGGAAUUGGUGGACACUUCACACAUGGCGGGUACGGGUAUUCAUCGCGCGCGUUUGGUCUGGCGUUGGAGCAGAUUAUCGGGCUGGAUCUAGUGUUGGCGAAUGGGAGUUUUGUCAAGAUUGAUAAUGAGACGUUGGGUGAUGUUUACUAUGCACUCCGAGGAGCAGCAGACUCGUUUGGGAUUGUCACCACAUUCUACCUUCAAACUUCAACGGCUCCCGAAGUCGAUAUCAAAUUUUCGUAUUCCUUCCCCCAAGCUCUUGACUCAAUCGAAAACGCGACGGCUGUCUUUAUGGGGGUGCAGAAAUUCUCGUUGUACUCGCCGGUUGUCGGUCGUAACCUAGGCCUCGGAGUCACACUAGGCGGCAAUGCAACCUCGUACACUGUGCACGGAACUUGGUUCGGCUCGAGUUCCGUUGAACUAACCGACCGGAUCACAUCUCUGGCCAUGCUUGGCGGGGAAGGGAACUUGACGGUGCCCUUGCAUGGGUUUUUGCAGCAGGACAACUUCUAUGCCAAGUCUGUUUCGACAAAUGUCUCGUUUGCGGAGGAGCCGAUACGAAAGUUUUCCGAGUAUGCGUACAGUGCCGGACGGGGCCUAAAUGCGCCAAUCUCGUGGUUUAGCAUCAUCAGUCUGUAUGGUAGUCCCGACAGUCAGAUUGGCGCUGAGGGAAAGAAUGGGAGCUGGGCGGCUUAUUCGGGGUUUGACGAUCUGUGGGUGGUGCAGAAUUGUGAGAACCGGUCGUAUAACGCCUAUCUCAACUACAUUGACCCUGAACUAGAUAGGGACGAGGCGUGGCAUCUCUACUAUGGGAAACCACUGUUUGAAAAGACUGAAUUCGGUGAAAAGAGACCUCGAUCCUGGAGAUGUCUUCUGGAAUCCGCAGAGCAUCCCUGUCUGGAAUGA